AUGCCAAGCACUUUCACGGGGAAAGCCAUCAAAUCUGUAGAAGAUAACACAGGGGGCAAAACCUUUGGCCCUUGGAUGUGGGGAAAGUCCUUAGAUGUGACAUCAGAAAAGCACAUUGUAGGGGUUGGUGCCCUGGUUAAGCCACCCCUUGCAAACACAGCUUCCCAAGUCACCGUGACCUUUGACGAUGUGGUUUUCUAUUUUUCGGAGCAAGAGUGGGAGAGCCUGCAGACAUGGCAAAAGGGAUCGUAUCAGCAAGUGAUGCAAGCCAAUUGUGAGAGCCUGGACUCCACAGGCUGUGCUUGGUCCAAGGCAGAUUUGAUCACCUGGAUAGAACAAGGGAGAAUGCUAUUAACCCGAGACCAGGGAAGCUUAGACGCUGCAAGAAAGACAACUGGCCCUUGUACUGAUGAGCCGUUGGACUUGAAGAAUCCUAGAAAGUCCCCAUGUCGUGAUAACCAAGGGACUUUCAGGGCAGAGGAGGAAGGAUGCCAUUUCAGUGGACUUCAAGAGCAAGACUUGUGUGCUUCCUUAUCGGAAAAGGAAAAAGAGAAUUCAUCUGAUCAGAGAACCACCUUACACUCUCCAGGUCUCCAGGAAAUAGAGGUUCUAAAUCAGAAGCUGAACCUCACAGCAUCCAGUCAGGCCAAGCAAGCUCCGUGGCCUGAGCCUCCAGAUGUUCCAGGUCACCUGGAAGUUCUGCCUGGGUCAGGAUGUUAUUCUUGCUGUGUCUGCAGGGAAGUCUUUGAGGUGAAGCGCGACCUGGCAAAGCACCAGAGGAGCCACUCCCAGAGGCAGCCCUAUCAACAUCCACAGCACAGAGACAAAUCCAGAGGGAAUUGGGAACUCGGCCGGAGCCCAGUGUUGCUGUGUAGGAAGAAGCGAUUCCAGUGCAGUCAGUGUGAGAAGAGCUGCUACCUGAAGUGCAGUCUCAUCACGCACCAGGUUGUCCACACAGGGCAGCGGCACUUCCCGCGUCCGGAAUGUGGCAAGACCUUCCGGUACAAAGCCGACUUGAAGAAACACCUGUGUCUGCACCAAGGGGAGAGGCCGUUCCGCUGUGCCGAGUGCGGCAGGGGUUUCAUCCAGCGGUACAAGCUCACAGAACACAUUCAAGUCCACAAGAAGCCUUUCCAGUAUCUGGAGUGUGACAGGAGCUACUGCACACGGGGAAGCCUGAAGGCCCAUUUGUACACACACAGCGGCGAGGAGCCCUUCCGGUGUCCGCAGUGUGGCAAAGGCUUCCUGCAGAAGAGGAGUCUGGAGACCCAUCUGCAUCGUCAUAGCAGGGAGAGGCCUUUCUCUUGUGAGGAGUGUGGUAGAAGCUAUACAUACAUGGGGGCGCUCAACACCCACGUUGCAGUCCAUGCUGGGGAAAAGGCCCCCAGUGUGUGA